GAGAGCUCGUCCUCUUUGUCCAUUUGUGAGGAGGAGGAGGAGGAGCAGCAGGAGCAGGAGCAGUCAUGGCUUCUAAGGAGAUCGCUGCAGCUGCUUUCGCCGCUGUGACUAAGGACAUGACAGAAAGUAUCAGGAAGAUUAUUGAUAAGUCCUCAAUCAAGUUUAUAUGUGGCAUCAGGCUGGACACCAAAAAUGGGAAAACAGAAGACAGAGUGCUGGUCCUCACAACAUGGCGGCUCUAUUUUCUGGUGCCCAAGAUUCCAGCAAAGGUAGAAAGCACUUUCAACUUCUUGGAGAUCAGAGCUUUGAAUUCCCACCCUGAACACCAAGUUAUUAUUGACACGGACAAGCUCAGCUACUCCCUAAGGUUCGAGUCCCGUGAACAUCUCAAUCAUGUCGUCAGCCAUAUUAACUUCACCCUGUCUCGAAUAUUCAGCAAUUCCAUUUUUGCCCCUUCCAUCUGUCAUUCAGACAGUGACCUUUCAGAGGGCAGCAGGAAGUAUUCGCCCAGCUCAGAGACCUCAGUGGAAACCCAGAGAGCCUGUGGAGGCUUCUCGGAGACCUACGCCGCUCUGUGCGACUAUAAUGGUAUCAGCUGCAAGGAGGAAGUGCAGUGGGAUGUGGAUACCAUCUAUCACUCCCAGGACAGCAGAGAGCUCAACCUUCUGGACUUCAGCCACUUGGAGAGCAGGGAUUUAGCUGUAAUUGUUGCAUCCAUGGCGUACAACACCUGGUUUACCAAACUCUACUGCAAAGAUUUGCGAAUAGGGUCAGAGGUCACAGAGCAGGUCCUGCAUACAGUCAGCAAAUCAUCCACCUUGGAAGAGAUCACCUUGGAGAACGCUGGGCUAAAAUCAGAUUUCCCUCAGAAGAUGUCAGCUGCUCUUUCAGAGAAUCCUGCUUCUGUUAUCCACUCCCUCAACUUGGCCCACAAUUCUUUGGACAACCAAGGUGUGUCCAACUUAAUCCAGCAGAUGUGUCGCCUCAGUAAAGGCCUUCGCCUCCUUAACCUCUCCAAGACUUCACUCACCUCUAAAGGAGUGGUGUCUCUGUCUCAGGCUCUGUGCUCCUGUGAUGAGUACUCCAACUCCCUUCUGCACCUGGACCUGAGCAAGAACCCAGGAGUCCUCUCGGGAGAGGACGCCUCGAACUUGUACCUCUUCUUGUCUCAGCCCAACUGCCUGGUCCACUUGGAUCUGUCGGGCACGGAUUGCUCUGUGGACACACUGUUUGGAGCUCUUCUCAGGGGCUGCUGUGCUGAUCUGUCAUUUUUGAAUCUUUCCAAAAACUCCUUCUCUCACAGAAAAGUGAAGGACACACUGCCAUUGUUCCGUCAGUUCUUCAGCUCGGCCUUCAGCCUCACUCACGUCAGUCUGGCCUCCAUGAAGCUCCCCUCUGAUGUCCUGAGGGCUCUCCUCUUUGGGUUAACUGCCAACCCUCAUAUUAAUGACCUUCACUUGGACAUCAGUGGCUGUGAGCUGAGGUCUGCGGGAGCUGCUGUAAUCCAGGAGCUCUUCCCCAGAGUCUCCUCUGUGGCCACACUGGACAUUUCAGACAACGGGCUUGAUGCUGAUUUGCUCACAGUGCUACCAUCCCUCUCCAGACACCCCUCCCUCAAACAUCUACAUUUGGGCAAGAACUUCAACAUCAAAAACAGGCUGCUAGAUGAAGUCCUGCAGAAACUGGUCCAUCUCAUACAAGAAGAGGAAUGUGGCCUGCAGUCGCUUUCGCUGACUGAUUCACGCCUCCGCUCGAGAGGCACGGUGCUAGUCAAUGCUCUCGGCAGCAACACCUGCCUGAGGAAAGUGGACCUGAGCGGGAACAACAUGGAUGACAUCGGUGCCAAGAUGCUAAGCAAAGCCCUUCAGAUCAACACCACACUCAGGAGUGUGAUAUGGGAUCGCAACAACACCUCUGCAGCAGGAUUUCUUGAUGUGGCCCGUGCACUUGACCAUAAUUUCACAUUGCAGUACAUGCCUCUACCCUUAAGUGACAUCAGCCAGGCCUACCGCAGCGCCCCUGAGAGGACAGAGCAGGCACUGACCAAGAUUCAACGUGCUCUGGUGAGGAACAACCAGACGCAGCGUUUCUCUCAGCGUCAGGCUCUACGGCUGCACCAAGGCCUCGUUACGAGCACUGCCGAACAGGUGAUGGAGCGCCUGUGUGUGCGCGUCCAGCAGCAGGUGCGUAUGCUACGAGGUGUUGGAGAGAUGGAGGAGCUUCAAGCUGCUAAACAAGUGCUAAAAGAGGCCAGAAACUCCCGCGCUCUCUACCCCUCACUGUGUGAGCUGGCCCAUGUGUUAUCUGUGGACGGCCCGGUGAAGCAGCGGCUGGACUGUCUCACUGGUGAACUUGCUAAAGCUGCAGACAAGGAGCUACAGGUCAUUGUUGACUCGAUGGUGUCUCUUUGUCGUGAGCUCUGUCCCUUAUCAUCAUCUGCAGCAGAGCGGUUGAGUCCUCCGCUCUCGUCUGUUUCUGAGCGCGUGUCCAUUCCUCGCUCUUCCAUCCGCACGGCCCUGAUGGAGAGAGCUGCACAGGACAUUCAUCGAGCCUUGGAGGAAGUGAAGCUGUCAGUGGUUUCCUAUCUCACCAACUCCAUUGUGGACCAACUCUUGCAGGAGCUCUACACCACCCAUAAGUCCCUUACCCGGCAGGUGUCUCAGCUUAAUCGCUGGGAGGGGACUUGUGAAGACGGAACAGGCUGGCGGGUUAACAGACAUCGAGACUCUCUGGACAUCACUGAUGAGGAGCUCAGCACCAGCAUAGACACAAUAGCAAUUAAGAAGCGCAGCUCGAGGACACGACGAAUCCGACCCGUUUCCACCAGGCUGAGCCUGUGUGAUGACUCCAGCUCCUCUCCGCCUCCCUCUCUGCCAUCUUACUCCUCACCGCUGUCUCGCUCUGUAUCCUGGGAGGGCCUGUCAGAGCUGCCUACGCAGGGUCUGCCACUCCACCACGUGACCCAGGUUCGGCCCAGGCCUCCGCGGAGGCACAAAGGAGGGCACAUGCCUGCUGAGACACACUGCAGUGAAAAUGGAGGAUUAAGUCCUCUAGAUGAUGGGAUUCCAGAUUUCUACACUAAAAGAGUCCUCCCUGACAGUCAGCUUUCCUCUCUGCACAAAGUGCACUCUCUGAGGAGGAAGAAGAGGCGGAACAUGUUGGCAAUCUUCGGUUUCCGGAAAAACCGCAGUCAAACUGUGUCCACUCAGGGGCCUGAGACUGAAACUGAAGUGGAUGGUGAUGGUUGCCACACCGUUGCCACGGCACCCAAAGGGACAGCCACAGAGAAUGUAUACACACUCCUUCAGCCCCCAAGGUCAGCUGCCAGAGCUGGGCCUUCAAGUGACGGGGCUGAUGGGAAGACGAGCGACCCCCAUGGGAAAAAUACUCUUGUUCUGAGUCCACCACCAGUGCAGGGGAUUCCACAUCAGAGUGUGGGGGGGGGCAAGCACCCCUUUUAUUCUCCUCGAGAGAAACCAGAAGCAGAUGAACAGCCUGCAGAAACAGACAAGUACUGGGUGGACGACAAGCAGAGAACAGCAGAGGUGCAGCACAUGGAAAUGAGACAGACAGAUCUGCAUGUGGAGAGACAGCGGUUAGAUGACAGGCUACCAGAAAGAACAUUCGGAGAGCCGAAAACAAGCAGUAGACAAGCCGACAGGUGUUGGACUGAGAGCAGACAUUCAGACAGACACAUGGACCGACAGUGGACGGUCGAUAGACACGCGCAGUGGCAGAUCGAUAGAAAGAUGGAAAGACAACGGAUGGGUGGCAGACAGAUAGACAGGUCAUGGUCAGAGAAUAGGUCACCUGACACACAGUCAGACCAUCAUUGGACAGAGAGCAGACGUUCCAUCAGAACGACAGACAGACCAGUCCAGACGCUUCACUUAGCUCAAAGGCCGCUGCCUCCGUACCCAUUAGAUCGGACGCCCUCACCAAAACAGGAAACUGAUCCUCUGACUAACACAGAGGCAGCAGCCACGGACUGGCAUCAGUGUCAGCCGGACGUGCAAGACGACAGACAAGCGUGUCCUGACACUUUCAUUACGUUUACGGACGGAUGGAGGAGCGGGGGCGGUGUCGCUGUGAGCCGAGCUGCUUCCUGUCCAUCUAAACCCGAUCCUCCGCCACAAAGCAGCAAACCGACCCUGUCUAAGCUGAGGCAGCGGCAUCGCCAAGAAAGCUCGAGUGCUCUGCAAGAGGAGGAAGGAGAUGCAGAGAAGGAUCCUGGGAUGAUGGAAAAGAAGGAAAGAGAAAAAAGAAGAGAUUCAGAGGGUCAGCCGCCUCCAAUUCCUGAAAAGCCAAAGACAUCCUCCUAUGUGACUUUUCCAAAAGAAUCUGAGAGGAACCUACCUCCUCCUCCUGCACCACCUCCUCUCAGUAGGCCGGGGUUUGGGUUACCAGACAGAGCUGCAAGUCAAGGAGAAGAAGGACUGAGACCUCAGGCACCAGUGAAACCACAGAGGAACAGAAAGGCAGUGUCUUGUGACACAGGUACAGACAGGGAAAGUCCAACUAACCUCGAAAAGCCUCCGAAUCGUAAACCCCCUAUGAAAAAGCCUCGACUACCCCAAAACAGAAAUAAGUCUCUGGACCUGUCUGACAAUAUCAACUCAGCACCUGGUCACAGCGCCCUGUUGUGAUGCUCGGGAAAUUCACCUGCUAGUGUCCGGCUGAGGGUUGCCAUGACAACUGCUGGUUCAUUUCACCCAGAGAGGAAACAAAGCAACAUGAGAGGGGAGUUGGUGUGAAGAGACGAUGUGGAACAGUGUGCUAGACAUCAGUCACUGGCUGAUGCUGGACCAGUUUGUAGUGUUCCAACAUCAGCCUCGUGUUGAAUCAGUCGCUGUCUUUGACUGAUGUUCC